AUCAACCAACCGCCUUUCUUCCUGGCCUGGCUCUCUCUCUUUCAGCCAAAGCAUCUUUUCCUCUACCGUCUCACAGUCUGCUCUGAAAUUACCUCUAAAAACCUUGAUGUGACUGGUCGAAUCUUGCUCUGCCGUAUCUGGGAGAUGAAGGCGCAUCAACACCAUGGGCCAAGGCUAUUCACUCACCACCCUGUCCGCGGGUUCGGCGGGGAUCGAUGUUCCCGAGUUAUCGGACCUGGCGUAUGAGAAGUCCAUGGGUGGUGGCAGGUUCAUGAAAAGUAUCCGAGCCAGACAACACAAUGGCCUCGUUUUCGUAAAGGUUAUAAUGAAGCCUUAUCCCAGCAUGAAGCUGGAGCCAUAUAUCAAAGCUAUCCUUCGUGAGCGCAAGCUGUUGGCCGACGUACCCAAUGCUUUGAGUUAUCAGAGGAUACUCGAGACCAGCACCGGUGGUUAUCUCGUUCGCCAAUACAUCCAUAGCUCUCUUUAUGACCGGAUGAGUACCCGUCCAUUUCCCGAGGAGAUCGAGAAGAAGUGGAUUGCCUUUCAACUCCUAUGCGCGUUGAGAGACUGUCAUUCGCUCGACGUGUUCCAUGGCGAUAUCAAAACCGAGAAUGUUUUAGUCACGUCUUGGAAUUGGCUCUACCUCUCUGACUUUUCAUCCUCCUUCAAACCCACGUUUCUUCCGGAGGACAAUCCGGCGGAUUUCUCAUUCUAUUUCGACACGUCCGGUCGUCGGACCUGCUACUUGGCACCCGAAAGGUUUCUCGAAGCCGGUGAAGAACCUGGAAGCCGACAUGUCAACUGGGCUAUGGACAUCUUCAGUGCUGGUUGCGUCAUCGCCGAACUUUUUCUAGAGGCUCCUAUCUUCACAUUGAGUCAGAUUUACAAGUACCGGAAAGGUGAAUAUAGCCCAGAGCAUAGCCAGUUGAUCAAAAUUGAGGACCCGGAGAUCCGUGCCUUGAUCCUCCAUAUGAUACAGCUCGAUCCUGAGUCCAGAUAUUCCGCGGAAGAGUACCUGAAUUUCUGGAAGAACAAGGCGUUCCCCGAAUACUUCUACAGCUUUCUACACCAAUACAUGUCUCUUAUGACGGAUCCAUCGUCGGGUAGGGCACAGGUUGAAGCAGGAUCUACCAGUCGAGGAGAGGCCGAUGACCGCAUUGAAAGAGUCUACCUUGACUUCGAUAAAAUAUCCUACUUCCUUGGUGCGUCACCAGCGACUACCAAAGAUGGAUCAAAUCGCAAUCGCCCCAAGCUCACCGGCGAUACAUUUCCUGUGGAAUUAGAUCUUCCUCACUACGGGCUUACGGGCACAAAGCCCCAGCCACAAGGAGAUGACGGAGUGCUCAUAUUCCUGGCCCUCGUUGUCUCCAACCUGCGCAAUACAUCGAAAUCAUCCGCCAGGAUCAAGGCCUGCGACAUUUUGCUUGCCUUCGCCGAGAGAUUGUCGGAUGAGGCCAAAUUGGACAGGAUCCUUCCAUAUAUUAUGAUACUUCUGAACGACCGCACGGAUAGAGUCAAGGUAGCUGCCAUCCGUGCCCUCGCUCAGCUCCUGGAAAUGGUUCAGGUUGUUUCACCGGUUAAUGCCUACUUGUUCUCAGAGUAUAUCUUCCCGAGGUUGCAACCGUUUGUGCCCAGUACCAGUUUCAAUCCGAGCCGACUGGUGCGAGCGGCAUACGCAUCAUGUAUUGCGUCGCUUGCUCACUCAUCCUUGAGGUUUUUGGACAUGAUCCAAGCCCUGCGUUCUGAUACACGUCUUCCAGCUUUGAUACCGGUUGGAUCAGAGCCCAGAUGGACAGAAGAUGCGACAUAUCACAACCUUUACGAUGUUGCGAGGGUUGAUCUCCUCGAAUACUUCGAGGCACAUACUAAAGCUAUGUUGACUGAUAGCGACGCAUCAGUUCGUCGCGCCUUCUUGGGUUCCGUGUCAGAGCUUUGCGUGUUCUUCGGUAACCUCAAGACUAAUGAGGUGAUUCUGAGUCAUUUAAAUACUUAUCUCAACGAUAGGGACUGGAUUUUGAAAUGUGCCUUCUUCGAGGCAGUGAUUGGGGUUGCAGCUUACGUUGGCACUACUAGCUUAGAGCAGUACAUUUUGCCGCUAAUGGUACAGUCGAUGACUGACCCGGAGGAGUUCGUCGUCGAAAGGGUACUCAGGUCGUUGGCAGCAAUGGCUGGUCUUGGGCUUUUUCAACGCUCGACGACUUGGGAGCUGAUCAAUAUUGUAGUCCGAUUCCUGGUGCACCCGAACGCUUGGAUCCGUGAGGCGGCUGUCCAAUUCAUCAUCGCGUCAGCCAAAUUUCUUUCGCUGGCAGAUAGAUACUCUAUCUUGACCCCGCUUGUUCAGCCGUUCUUGAAAGUCAAGAUCGUUAAUUUCGCUGAGGGUGAACUACUCGACGCUCUCAAACGACCACUCUCGAGAAAUGUGUAUGAACUUGCAUUUGUCUGGGCGUCAAAUGUCGAAAAGGGCCUUUUUUGGAAGGCAACAUCCCGUGAAGCGAGUUUUGCGUUCGUCGGAACAGAUAUUACUAUUCCCAGAUGGGGUCAAAAGAGUUCGAGCUUGUCGAUGAGUACGCAACCGAGGAAUGAAGAGGAUGAACAGUGGCUGGCGCGACUGAGGAACAUUGGAAUGGGCCAGGAGGACGAAUUGAAAUUCCUUGCACUCAAGGAGUUCAUCUGGAGGGUCAUCGCCCGCCAGUCGAAGGACAACGCAGCGGGGACUUCUCCUUUGAAUAACGUUAUCACUUUGACUCAGUAUGGAGUUACCCCACAGACUGUCUUCUUUGACAAAACACAAAAUACCCGGCCUCGCACAAACUCCCCCGGGAGUACGGAGAAUGCCAAGGCUGAAGACCGAAGACCGCAUACAAUCACCGAUGCCUUGCUCGAUGCCUCAACGUCUAUUGACAACAGACCCGAGUCCCGCCGGAAACAUCUUCGUUCUAGGAGCCAACUAACGGACCAUCUGACGAUCCCACGCCCUAUUGCUGUGAACAAUAUCAGGUCCGAGAAUUCUCCCGUUCCAUCGCCAAUUGCAUCUUCGCCUGGAGCUACGGGACCUGCCUCGCCACCCAGUUCGGACGCCGAACGAAGAAUCUCGGGGGGUCGCGAGAGCCCGGGACAAGAUAGCUCAUCAACGCCCACCGAUGCGGAGAAUCCUACUAUAAGAAGGUUGGCCAGUGGCGUACAGAGAAAGUCGAGCGCCAUGAGCUUGCUUAAUCGUAGGGAUUUUGCCAAAGCAUACGCCGAAACGGGCACAAGCCCCGCGAAUGCCUUUGGCAAGGUCGACUCUCCUUCGCAACGCGAAGAUGAACAAGCAGUUGCUUCUCCCAUACUCCCUCCAAGGACAGCGCUGGAACGUGGCCCACAGCAGUAUCAUGCAAAUCACUCUUAUGCUGGUAACGACCCGGUAGUUCUCCGCCUCCUUGACUCGGUUUUCGCGGAAAACUACCCCACGGACUUCUUCGACCUCGGUCCUUAUGUCAAGGAAGUGGAUACCAAAAAGCCGAUGAUGAAGGCCAGCGGACAGGAGCCCAGCAAAGUGUGGAAACCCACUGGUGGCCUUGUGACGGUAUUUGGGGAGCACAGUGGACCUGUCAAUCGGGUAGUGGUUGCGCCAGACCAUGCCUUCUUCGUCACGGCCUCUGAUGAUGGCACUGCAAAGAUCUGGGACACGACCCGCCUUGAGAAGAACCUCACCCCUCGUUCUCGUCAAACGUACCGGCAUUCCACCGAAGCGAAGGUAAAGUCAUUGGCAUUUGUGGAAAACACCCACACUUUCAUCACUGGGGCAAGUGAUGGUAGUAUCCAUGCGGUCAAAGUUGACUAUCACAACGCCAAUGGGAACGUGCGCUACGGGAAACUUCAGCUCGUGCGCGAGUAUCAAUUGCCCCCGGCUAAGGAUGGCACUGUCGAGUAUGCUGUCUGGAUGGAGCACUUCCGCGUCGAAGCACAGUCGACGCUCCUGAUUGCCACCAACACAUGCCGCGUCUUAGCCCUCGAUAUGAAGACCAUGCUCCCAGUCUAUUCUCUGCAGAACCCCGUGCAUCACGGGAUACCGACCACAUUCUGCUGUGAUCGCAAGCACACCUGGCUCUUGAUGGGCACGACGCACGGCAUCCUCGAUCUCUGGGACCUGCGGUUCCGCGUGCGGUUGAAGGCCUGGGGCCUUUCCGGCUCGGGUGCUAUUCACCGGCUUCAGGUCCAUCCGACCAAGGGACGUGGGCGCUGGGUUUGUGUGUCUGGCAGCGGUGCCCACGGCAACGAGAUCAUCGUCUGGGACAUUGAGAAAGUCCGGUGCCGCGAGGUAUAUCGCGCCGAUUCACUGGGGCUGGGCGCCUCCGGUCCCAAUGGGGUGCCACCGGACAACCGGCCCAGGCCAACUUACCUGAGUGCCCGAGACUAUGAAGCCUGGCAUGUGGAAGGCGACCGACCGGAAGGCAUGCUCAGCCGAUUCGCGAUGGAAGGAUUGGCCUCGGGACCCGCCGACCACCCCUCGGGACCGUCCUCGUCCAGCGCCCCUGCCGGCAUCUGUGCCUUUGCCGUGGGGUACGACUCCCCCGACGACGGGCGCGACAGCAGCACUCGGUGCGGAUUCAUUGUCUCGGGCGGCUGCGACCGCAAGAUCCGCUUCUGGGAUCUCACGCGCCCGGACAUGUCGACGGUAGUCAGCGGCCUCGAUGCCGUGUCCACGGACGGCGGGGCCACGCAGAAACCACGCUACGAGCUCUCCCAGCCUGGUCCGUCCCUCAUGAUGACAACGGAGCACAUCCCCAAUGGCACCUCUGCUUCCUCCACCGGCCCCACGGGCAGCAGUAACAAGGGCGGGAGUGGCGGUGCUGGGAGCAAGAAGGGCAGCAGCAGCGGGCGACUUCCACGAAGCACGGUGAUCAGUCUCCAGCAGCAGCAACUCCUGAAGAGCCACCUGGACUUCAUCCAGGAUGUCGCCGUGCUGCGGGCGCCGUAUGGGAUGGUCGUGAGUGUCGAUCGGGCGGGGAUGGUGUAUGUGUUUCAGUGAGCUAAGCCUACAGGUAAUAUGCACUUUGCCUAGUAUAGGUGAUGAGGUAGUCUUUCAACAAUCGAACCCCCCCAAAUCAGUCUCCUGCAAACCAUCCAAUCACCUACAGUCCAGUACCAGUCCUCCAUAUCCACCGCGACAAAAACACAUCC